GUGUCUGAAAGAAGAUCCAGCAACAAUGUCUUUGCUACAGCGGAGUCUGGAUCCAGAGAAGACUUUGGGGCUAGUGGAUGUGCUCUAUACUGCUGUGUUUGAUAUACACAGGUGGAAGGAAGGAAGGGAGCAGGCUCUGCCUUGUAUCCAGAUUCAGUUGCAGCGUGAGAUCUCAGACUUUGGGAGCCAAGUGGACAUGCCAUCGGGGAACGGAGGCAAAUCUUCAGGGGGGCUGCAAAAGACAUUCUCCAAACUGACCUCACGGUUUACAAAAAAAACUUCCUGCACCAGUACAAGUAACACUGGAAGUUACUCCAUCCCCAGUACGCCUUCCAAAAAUGUCUUCAUAAGUUCCAGCUCGGAGGAGAAGGCCAAGCUGCCCACGAACGUGGAUGCGCGGCUGCAGAGCAUCCUGAGCGUCGGUCACUUCCCGCGCGCCGCGGAGCCGCUGCAGGCGGCGCAGAGCACAGCCAGCCAGCUGGUCAACGGGCUCCUGCUGGAGAGGAGGGACAGCUUCUUCAAACCAGACGAUAGCAAGGACGACAAAGGUAUGAAUUUACCGACUGACCAAGAAAUGCAGGACGUUAUAGACUUCUUGUCUGGUUUUAACAUGGGCAAAUCCCAGCAGACUUCUCCGAUGGUGAAAAGAAGGAAUUCUGUUGCAUCCUCUACAGCAGCAGAGCAGAAGUCAGGAGCAGUACAGCAGCAGCUGCAGUCUGUGUCCCACACACCACUGCACCCUCCUCAGCAAGGCCUGUCACAGCUGCCGCAGUCCCAAAAGCAGCAGCAGCAAAUGCAGUAUUACCAACACUUGCUUCAACAUAUUGGACCACAGCAACGUGUACCUGCCAAAUGGCUUAGUAAUUCUUCACAGCAGCAAGCCCAGGCUGUUGGAGCUGGAUUGUCUCAUCUAAAUCAGUGGAACAAUCCUGGGUUUUCAGAUUUAAGCUCUGAUUUGUACAGCUUGGGGCUUGUGAGCAGCUAUAUGGACAAUAUGAUGUCAGAGAUGUUAGGACAGAAACCACAAGGACCUAGAAACAACACAUGGCCAAAUCGUGACCAAACUGAUGGAGCAUUUGGGAUGUUGGGAGAAAUUCUGCCUUUUGACCCUGCAGUUGGCUCUGACCCAGAGUUUGCCCGUUACGUCGCUGGGGUCAACCAGGCUAUGCAGCAGAAGAGGCAAGCACAGCACGUCCGUCGUCCGAGCAACGCGCGCGGCAACUGGGCUCUCCCUGACGACCCCCACAAAACCUGGCCCUUCCCCGAGUACUUCACUGAGGGUGACGUGACAAAUAGCUGGUCUGGUACUCAAGGAGACUCUGCCAGCUCAAGUGAUGAGACCUCCUCAGCGAACGGAGACAGUCUGUUCUCCAUGUUCUCGGGGCCAGACCUUGUUGCUGCUGUAAAACAGAGAAGGAAACACAGCAGUG